AAUAUCAUUAUAAAAAAACAUAUUUGGCAUUUUCAUUUAUAUACAUCAAUAUUUCUUAUAUCUCUAAUUGAUUUUUUGCCUUGUGAACUUAACAUAUCAAUCAAAACCCAUGUCGAAUUCCCAUAGUACUUAUCCAUGCUUUGUACAUACUUAUUGAUCAUCCUCCUUCUUUCGAUUCCUACUUCACACCACGAUCGUAGAAUUAUCGGUGCUCGCGAGCUGACUCGUAUGCGAGAAUAUUCAGACGCUCCACAACACUUGAAUUUCUUAAGGUCUACAACUUUAAGGGGGAGGCAGAGGGUUAUUUCAUGUGCUAAUGAUGCCGAAGUGUGUUUGGAUCGCGAGAAAAAUCCGUGGGGCGGCACCACGUGUUGCUUUCGCAAGGUGUGCAGAGAUACCCUGAGAGAUUCCAGAAAUUGUGGAGCUUGUGGCAAAACAUGUGGGUUUGGAUUUGUAUGCUGUGAUGGUAAAUGUGUGGAUAUUCAGAAUGAUCCUAAACAUUGUGGUGCUUGUUUUGAAGUGUGCCGUGCAGAUCAAGGCUCCCACAUGUCUAGAAAGUUAGAACUUAUAAGUCAAUUAGAAAAGCGGCUUGAUAUCGCUUAAGUAAGGUCUCGGCUUCGAGUCCUUGUGAAUGCAGAAAAUUCUCACUGGCAGACUCACCCACCAUUCCAGAUGCGCGACGCGGAUCGGAUUCGGAUUAAUCUGGGCGAAACCUUGGAAACCGGAUGGGCUUACCAAAACAAAAAAAAAAGCACUCGUUUCCUUUUGUUGACUAAUGCCAGAAAAUUAUAUCAAAUAAUGGUUUGUUGCACGGCUAACGCACAAUUAAUUUGUUGCAUGAAUGACAUGCUGCAACGGUUGUGUGCAAUAAUUUUUUUCAAAUGGUUUAGUUUAUAAUUACAUAA